AUGCAGAGGGCAGUGUCAGCCCACGGUUGUCUUCGGGCCUGGCCUCAGAAGAACAACCACUUUGGCUUAAUUGGGGAGGAAAGGAGGCGGUGGGAGAAGGGGGAGAGGGGAUCACGUUACGGAGCCUCCUGGUCCCUAAUAGCGCCAACCUUUGCCAAGACCGGUUCCUUCCGCAGAAACCGGGUCCUUAACGUCUCCCGCCUCUGGUUCCACUGUCCAGGAGAAAAAUCUGGAAAAGUGGCCCCCGGGGACCCCUUUCCCGACCCCUGUUUGUGGCUGAUGCGGGCCUGUCUCUGGAAAACGAAGUUGGGCCUUUGCCUGAAUCUCUUGCUGCUGCUCCCCUUGCUACCCCUGACACUUGGAGCCGCCUCCUCCGCGCGCAGCGGCCCGACGCGGGGCCAGGGGCUGUCCACGCGGUCCCCGGAGGCCUCGGACACUGUCGCCGUCCCCACCGGGCGGCCCGCCCGCCACCCACGCCGGGAGUCCGGGCCGCCCCCGCCCGCGCUAGCCGCAGAAAUUGCGCUGAACAACCUGGAAGGAUUUCAGCCCAAGGGCAAGAGGAAGUGGGUGGGCGGAAAGAAGGAGGAGGUGGAAUUUGGAAACAUUUGUUUUAAGGAGAACGAAAACUUAAAGCCAAAAGAGAGAGAGGCGCUGGCAAGGCUGUCCUUACCCGUGACCCUCGAAUCUUUUUCGGUCUUCCCUCCUGUCACGCACACUCACGCACACGCACACCCCUCAGCAGGGCGCAUCCUCCUCUCCCUAGCGGGGACUAAGCUCCCUUCCAGGAACCCGCGGGGGGAUGAGGUGGCGGUGCCAGGUUAG